AUGCUUGAAGUGAAGAAAACUUUGGUUAUGGUGAUGGUAUAUUCUCUCACAACACCUCUAGGAAUCGGGAUCGGUAUUGGAGUCGCCGAGAUUUACAAGGAGUAUAUUCCAGCCACGUUGAUGCUGUCCGGUUUUUCAAACGCUGCAGCCGCCGGAAUAUUGAGCUACAUGGCCAGUUUUCUUUGUUACAACGACAAAGCUCAACGUAGUUUGAAGUUGUUAUUACCUUGUCCUUAUGUGUUCUGCUCGCUGCUGAAAUGUCUCUUUUAUCGUUGGGAUUGA